UGCUUCCUUGAUUGCAUUUGCAUGUCCCCUCCCUCCUUCAUUUUCCUCUCUCUCUCUCUCUAUAACUCCCACCAACAUUUUGCGAUAGGAUAAGAAUCCAGGAUUUCCCCUUCUCUCUUUUCCAACACCACAACAUCCCUUCUUACUUCUCUUUAAAAAUCUUUACUCUCUCUCAAUAAUCUCAUGGCUGUUGAAGCUCGCCAUCUCAAUCUCUUCCAUCCUCAACUAAUAGGAGGAAACAGAGAAUUGGUGAAUCUCAUUGAAGGAGAUACGAAUAUGUACAAUAGUACUGGAAUGGGAUAUGGAGGAGUUCCGUUAGUAUCAGGAACAACCACCGCAGAAACUCUUCUUCCGGCUUACAACUCCGUGAUCGUGGAUUCCUCUGUUUCUCCUCCUAAAACUGCUGCAGUCUCUGCGGCAAUGAAAUCCGAUAGCGGUUUAACCUAUAACUACACCCUCCCUCUCCCAAGAAAGCGCGCUAGAGAAUGCAUGAAUAUGAACCCAUUCGCUUCCUAUCCCUCUGCCCCUGUUUCCAAAUCUUGCGGAUCUUUCUCCUUUCUUGGAGAGGACAUCUCCCUCCAGAUCCACCAACAGCAACUCGACAUCGACCGUUUGAUUUCUCAACACUUGGAGAAGGUGAGAUCGGAAGUUGAAGAGAGGCGAAAAAGGCAAGCGAGGAGGAUAAUCGAAGCGAUUGAAGUGAGUGUAAUGAAGAGACUGAAAUUAAAAGAGGAAGAGAUCGAAAAGAUGGGGAAAUUGAAUUGGGCAUUAGAGGAAAGAGUGAAGUCUUUAUGUAUAGAGAAUCAGCUAUGGCGUGAUAUGGCACAAACGAAUGAAGCCGCAGUGAAUGCAUUAAGAAACAAUCUGGAACAAGUGUUGUGUCAAGUGAACGAAGAUCGAACCCACGUGGUUGGUGGUGGAAUCGAGGAUCAAGCGACGGCGGCAUUGGUGGACGACGCGCAGUCAAGCUGCGGGAGCAACGAGAAGGAAGAGGAAAAAGAAGAAGAAGAAGGGUGGCGCGUGGUUAAAGAAAAAACAGUGAAAAGGAAGAAUGGCGGUGGUGAAGGUACGGGGAGCAGGAAGAGCAGAAUGUGCAGAAACUGUGGGAAAGAGGAAUCGAGUGUGUUGCUAUUGCCUUGCAGGCAUCUGUGUCUGUGUACUGUUUGUGGGUCAUCAGUCCACACAUGCCCCAUUUGUAAAUCAACCAAAAACGCUAGUGUACAUGUAAACAUGUCCUAAGCCUAAGUCUCUGCUACAAAAAAACACAACCAAGCAAGUUACUAACUAGACCUUUUUUUUUUUCAUAUCAAAUAUUCAUUCAACACAUCAAGGAAAAAAAAAUACAAAUUGUUCAACUUCCUUCUUCCUAAAA